AUGCCCGCCAAGCCAAACCCAGCCUUAGCUGACUGGGAUGGUUUGCCUUACGAGGGCCUGGAGAAGGCAACGCAACCCAACUGCUACAUCCCUGGCAACACCAUCAAGACCACCAAAUACACCCUCCUCCUCUUCAUCCCCGUGAACCUCCUUGAGCAGUUUCACCUUCUGGCCAACAUACACUUUGUGGGCCUGGCUGUUCUGAACUUUGUCCCUGUGGUGAUCGCUUUCCCGCCCAAGACAGCUCUGAUCUCCAUCUGUGUCAUCUUAUCUCUGACGGCCUUGAAGGACGCCUCGGAGGACUUCAGGAGGUAGUACCGUUCGUACAGGAAGCUCAACAACACGCCGUGCUUCAUCUACAGCAGGAACAAGCAAUAAUUUAUAAAGAGACGUUGGAAGGAUGUGCGAGUGGGAGAUUUUGUAAAGGUGGUUGGCAAUGAGAUCCCUGCAGACCUCCUGCUCCUGCACACAUCAGACCAUAACGGAGUGUGUCAUAAAGAGACAUCCAACCUGGGUGGAGAGACCAACCUAAAGCAGAGGAAGUUUAUCCGUCCUCUCAUUUCCCAGGAUCCUGAAUUUGAACCUGAAAGCUGCAACAGUGCUGUGGUGUGCAAAAAGCCUAACAACAAUCUAAAUCUUUUCAAGUGUUAUGUAGAGAAACCUAAUAAGGAGAAGGUGGGCGCUGGAAUAGAGAAUCUGCUGCUGCGAGGCUGCACAGUGAGAAACACGGACCACGCUGUUGGCAUUGUGGUGUAUGCAGGCCAUGAAACCAAGGCCAUGCUCAACAACAAAGGGCCAAGAUACAAGCGCAGCAAACUUGAGCGGAAGCUGAACGUAGACGUCAUCUUCUGCGUCAUUCUCCUCUUCACCAUGUGUCUCAUUGGAGCACAUGCGCUGCCCGGUGUGCCCCCUUACCUGCUCCAUGACGGCAACGGUCACCUGGACAGUCCCAAUCCUGAUCCUGAUCCUAUCUGCCUCUACUUGUCCAUUGAGUUGGUAAAGAUUGGUCACAUCUUCUUCAUCACUAAUGACAUUGAUCUGCACAAUGAAGGGACGGACAGCCAUGUGCAGUGUAAGGCCCUGAACAGCAAGGAGGACCUGGGACAGAUUGAAUACAUCUUUUCAGACAAGACUGGCUUUACUGGCUCGGAGACAGAGUGUGAGCGCUCCGUUUACUGCCACUGUGGAUGGGAAGUAGAGAUGGAGGGCUCAGAACAUCUGAGUGGGAAGCAGAAGAACACAGCAGCAGAUACUCAGCAUCAGCUUGACUGCUAUGCUAAAGAAGGGCUACGGACAUUUUGCUUUACAAAGGAGGUUGUGAGUGACAAGGCGUAUGAAAGCUGGUCGGUCAACAGGCAGAGAGCUCUGUCAGCUACAGACAACAGAGAGGAGCUUGUUAUGGACACUGAUGAGCAGCUAGAGACAGACAUCUCCCUGCUAGGGGCGACGGGCAUUGAGGAACACCUGCAGGAGAAUGUCCCAGAAACCAUCAUGGCACUGCGGGAGACAGGGAUCCAGGUGUGGGGGGUGACUGGUGACAAGACCGAGACAGCUGUCAACAUUGGCUAUGCCUGCAGGCUACUGGAAGAGGAAGACCUGGUGAUUAACAUGAGCUGCGGAAACAAGUCUGCGUGCACAUCCGUGUUGGACUGCAAACUGGAAGAGAUGAGGAGGUACAGCAAAGACCCUCGUAAUGUGGACACAACCCAGAACAUCUCACUGUUAAUGGACGGGUGAACCCGGACCCUGGCUCUGUCAUCAGACCUGCAGAAACACUUCGUGGACCUGGCGAAGCGCUGCUGCACCGUGCUCUGCUGUGGAGUCACGCCCUCACAGAAGAGCAGAGUGGUGAAGGUGGUGAGGGAGAAACUCAACGUCAUGACCCUUGCUGUUGGGGAUGGUGCAAAUGAUGUCAGCAUGGUCCAAACAGCUGAUGUGCUGAAGUCAUUAGAUCAUCUGCAGGCGGUCAUGCCGAGGGAUUUUGCUAUAUCUCGCUUCAAACACCUGAAAAAACUUCUCCUUCACAGACACUGGUGCUACACUCGACUGGCCAAUAUGAUCAUUUACUUCUUCUAUAAGAAUGUGCUGAGUCCCAACUACGUGAACCUGCUGUUCUGGUAUCAGUUACUCUGCCGCUUCUCUGGCAUUGCCAUGAUUGACUACUGGCUGAAGAUUUUUUUCAACCUCUUCAUCACCUCUGUACCGCCAGUCAUGUUUGGGAUAAUGGACAAAGACGUUUCUGCAGAGAUGCUGCUGGCUGUUCCUGAACUGUACAGGACCGGACAGGGUGCAGGGGCUUAUCAGGUUUCAGACAUUGAAUUCCCAUCCUUUUUACCUUUUGGAACUCAUUUAAACACAAUUUUUUCAUUUACCAUCCUGCUUCAUCUGUCAAUAGAGAUCAAAGUAUGGGCGGUGGUUCACUGGGUAAUCAUGCAGGGCAGUGUGGCAUUGCACUUCAUUGUGACGCUUGCCUACAGUGCCAUCUGCGUCACCUGUAACCCUCCAUCCAACCCGUACUGGAUCCUCCAAAGACAGAUGGCAGACCCCAUGUUCUACCUUCUCUGCAUCAUCACUAGGCCUACUGUAGUGGCUCUGCUGCCCAGGUACAUGUUUCACGAGCUGAGGAACUCUAUUGCCCCCUCCCCGCUUGUGAAAGCUAGGCAUCUGGACCGACUGGACGCCUCCACGAGGGUCCAGUGCAUGAAGGAGUGGAGGAGCUUCAGGGGCAUAGCGCAGGUGAAACCCUCCAGGCUGUCUACCCCACCCUCUCCCACCCUGGAGACCCCUGUGGACAUUCAUCCCCACUCUCCCACCACCUCCAAUAUCAUGUGGGAUGAAUGUCAUUACUGAAAACCAUCAGAGGCCUGUUCACACAUGAGAAACUGAGAUUUUGAAAUAAAGGAAAGGAAUAAGAUGAUUAUU